CCUGCCACCUUUUAGAUACGUACCCACUACAUAAAAGCCCGUCAGGGAAACAACUUCUGUUCAUCACCCAAAAAUCUCCAUCGGAAAACCUUCUCGAUUGUUCAAAAAAAUGUCCAACGGCGAUAAGUUGCCGAUCCGAUACACCCAGCAGGAGUUCCAGCCCCAGCCCCAACCCCAACCCAUGAAACGCAACCACACUGCCCAACGCUACGCGCGGCGGGUUCGUGAUAGCUUCACCACUAGAGUCACCAAAACGUUAUGUGCCAUAUUCCUGUCUCUUCUUUUAUGUGUUGGCAUUGUUAUGUUCAUUUUGUGGCUCAGUUUACGCCCUCAUCGUCCAAGGUUUCAUAUAAUGGAGUUCACGGUUCCUGGUCUGGCUCAACCCUCGGGGUUUGAGAAUGCUCAGAUAACGUUCAAUGUGACAGCCAGGAACCCCAACCAACACAUUGGAAUCUACUACGACUCCAUGGUUGGGUCCAUUUAUUACAAGGAUCAACGAAUCGGGUCAACUCCUCUGCUGGACCCGUUUUUCCAGGAACCCAAGACAACUACAAUUGUGUACCGUACAUUCGAUACGGCCACGCUCACGGUUAACAGCAACCGUUGGAAGGAGUUCAUGGAUGACAGGCAACAAGGGAUGGUGGUUUUCCGGUUAGAUAUAACGUCGGUGAUCAGAUUUAAGGUUUCAACAUGGGACAGUAAGCACCACAAGAUGCAUGUCAAUUGUGAUGUUGCAGUUGGUCCAGAUGGAAUGAUCUUGCCAACUUCCAAGGACAAGAAAUGUCCUGUCUAUUUCAGUUGAUUCUUGCAUUGCUGUCUUUGUUUUUUUUUUUUUUCCCAUUUUCUUUUGGGUUUUGCUUUGUGAAGUGGAAGGGUGUAGUUCAAUUGUUGUAUAAUCAUUCUUAUUUGAUUUGAUUUGUAAUGUUAUGUGUGAUGGAAUUUAUUAUAAUUGAUGGCACAUUUUUAAACCUUUCAAGCU